AAUAGUUCUGUACCAUCCUUGGCUAUCAUCGCUACCAUGAAGAUUACAGUGUGUUUCUUGAUGGUGGCUAUCAGUUGCUUCUUCAGUAAGUAACCAAUAUCUACACUUAGACUUGUUUUUAUAGAGUAUUUUCACUGUUCAUAUGAACAAAUAUACAAUACAUAUAUAUACCCACAUAUAUGCACACAUACAUUUUCUGACCGUCAUGCACAUUGUGCACAUACUUGUGCCGACUCUUACAUGCAAAUAUUCAACCUCAAAUAUACAUUAAUUUUUUAUUUUCACUGGCUUUUAUAAAUGUACACAUACAAAUUUAACCUCAUCCAUCCAUCCAACCAAUGAUACUAUAAUCAUUCUCAGCCACGAAUUAUAGUUACAUUCCACAUGAUCUUGACUGCAGGUUACUAGUUACUUCCUAACCCUAACUAAAUGAAACCUCUAACGCAAGUUGCAACAUUUGAAACUGUGAAUUAAUGGUGAUGAUUUAUUUUGAACUGUUGACCCUGGGACACUAUGGUCCAUGGAAAAUAAGAAACCUCUGGUGAGGCUCAGUCUCACCCAAUAUUGUUGACCAUUAAUGGGUGAGACUGUAAGAAACAGCAACUAUCUUGUGUAGAGUUGAGACUGGGUGGAGUAUUAGAGAACAGAGGCCACUGAUGUAGAAGGCUGUUGGAAAGUCAGUGGUGGCAGUGUAGGCAGAGAGGCCAGAAAAUCCAACCAUAAUUUUCCUAGCAAGUGCACAUUUCAAUGUAACUUGUGCAUGCCCAACAAAUACACUUUUACUUUUUUGUUGUGCUCAUGCAAUACCUUUCUCUCACCUUACAGGGCCUAUAAACUCUAGGACACACAUUAAUGUAUACAGUUUCACAAAUACAUGAGCAUGUUUCACGUGUAUCUUUUGCUUUGCAGGAGCUUCUCCUUAGGAUUCCCAAAAACAUUUUUGUUUAUACAGGAGCUCAAACUUUGUUUGGGCUUGGGUUCACCAUGGGAAUGUCAGACUAAUAAGUUUUGGUUCACUAUGUUUGUCUUUCUGUUUUGGUUGGCCAUAUGAAUGUCAUUCAGACUUAGGCCUUGGUUCUUCGUGUGAAUGGUUGCCCAAUCUAGGCUGUUUGUAACAGUAGGUAAUCCAGUUUUAUUAAUACAUAGGAUCACUUUAGGAUGUUAUUUUGUUCUAAGUUUGAUUUAGUAAUUUGAUUGUCAGUUCAAUUUACUUACGCAAGAAUUUCAGCUAUGUCUGGGUAUGGCUUAGUCAUACAAGCAGGUUUUAAUAGUUUUGUCAAAUUGAUGUACUAGGUACGCGUUAAAAAAAUAAUAAAUUGAUUACCCGGCUUUUUCUUAUGCUGAGGUUACAUGCUUAUAAAUUGAUCUUGUUACUUUGCUUUCUUUUUUGCGGAUGUCACACUUAUAAAUUGGUUAUUAUUGAGCCCCGUCUUCUGCAAAGGUCACAGAAUCAGAAAUGGGGUGGGGUGGGUGUGGUAAUCUUUUUGAUAAAUUCUAUUUGCUCAGUCUCUGUCUAAUAUAUUAGUAAGCACUGGAUAUUAUUUUCAGAAAAACAAGUGGUGUUGCACAGUGUUUGUUGCACUGUAUGCACAGAAUACCAGCAUGUAUAGUAUACCUGUCACCCUACUUGUUGUUACUGUAUGUACAUUAUACCAGUCAUCCUUUGUGUUUUGUCACUUAUGUAUGUUAGUCACUCUGUGUUAUCAUUGUAUCUACAGUACAUCAAUCACCCUCUGCAUUGUCAAUUGAUGUACAGUAUAUCCGUCUCUAUGGGCUUUGUAUUACCAAUAUCAGUUAUAUUAGUCAUCCCAAGCAUUGUGUCACUAUACUGAUAACCAUUACCCGAAGUAUUGUGCUGCUGUAUGUAAGUCGGUAACCAUAGGUAUUUUAAGUAUAUAAAUGUCAACCAUGAUUGUGAUAUGGUUAUUUCGAUUUUUGCAUAUCAUUUCACCUCGCAUUUGCCAGACAGGACAUACAUAAUUAACUUCAUACUAGAUACCUUUUACAGCAUUUUUUUUAUCACUCAUGGAAAUUUAGCAGGGGUGACUGCUUUCCUUUUUCUGAGCUUCCUCUAUCACAGAGGUCACAAGCUCAUACAGUUGCAAGAAAAAGUAUGUGAACCCUUUGGAAUCAUUCUUUGUGUGUUAUUAGUUUAAGCAGACUGUGAUUGUCUAUUGUUGUGAUUCAGAUGAUGAUCAGAUCACAUUUUAUGACCAAUUUGUGCAGAAAUCCAUAUUAUUCCAAAGGGUUCAUAUACUUUUUCUUGCAACUGUACAUUGGUCUUGCUACUCAGCUUCCUCUUUCCCAGAGGAAACUUGUUCAUAAAAUGUUUUUGUUAAUCAGCUUCCUCUAUGGCAGAGGUCACAAGGUCUGACCCAGCUGAUUGUUUCCUUUUUCACAAGCCUUACCUCACUGACACUGAGUUUCACCUAUUUACUCAACAGGUGUCACAUAUGAGUACUUUAAUUACUAGGUAUAUGUAAUAACUGUAUGCUAGUAUAAACAAUUCUUAAAUGUACCUGAACCUCCAGUCAACAGGCAAUUAUAGCCAUGUCCUCGAAACACACUAUAAGGCCACACAUUGUUUUUACGCACAAGACAACCACUUAUUCUCUAUACUUAUCUACAACACUAUCGACUGUUGUCCCCGACUACAAAUGGCUGAUAAUCCUGGAGCUGUGGAUAGGGGUUGCCAGCUUAUUUAUGAUCUCUCCCACCUCUCUCUUAAAUUAAUCUGUUCCUCCAAACUAACUCUUCCCUUGGUGAGCCCUCUUUGAUAGACUCAUCCGCACAUCAGUUUCUGGAAAACCUUUGACCAACUACUCCCCAUACCUACCUACCUAAACAUAUUUUAUUUGUGUAUGUGCAGUUGCUUUUGUCACUUAAAGUCCAUCAAUUUUCUAGGUCCUGCUACAUCGGACUGUUUCAAAAGAUGCUAUAAUAGCUGUCAAGUACAAUACAUGAGUGACCUUUCUUGUUUAAAGAAUGCUUUGGUAAGUAUUUGUGACUCCCUAGGUCACUUUUAACAAAAAAUAUCAUUCAUUGGAUGUUUUGCAGCAGUAAUAAAUAUUUAAUGGAAAUAAUAAUUUAUGUUUAAACACAGAUGUAGUGUUAUGUCUUAUAUUGUAUAGCUGAAGGUUUGUAUUAGAUUAUACAUUUUUCUGUUGUACUUACAGAAUACUGUUUCUGUUGUUGGUUUCAGCUGCUCACAUAACUUUGGAACCGUUUAGAUCCCUAAGUAGCCAAGUUUUUAAAAAACUUAAUGAAUAAGCAUUUCUUCUGAGUUUAAAAACUUGAUAAAUGAAAGCUGCUUUGUCAAAUUAGUGCAAAUAUUCCCCACAAACUCAGAAAAUAUCCAUGUACUGUACUUGCACAUAUUUCAUACAUCCUUGGCUGCUAGAGAUUGGUGGUUGUUACCCUUUUACUGACAUGCACCACAUUGGGAAUAUCAAAAAAGCAAGACGAGUUUAAAUAAAUGAUAACUAUUAUCAAAUUUUCUUAUUUUUAAUGGUUUAAAUUAUGCUUCACUUUUUUGAGGAUUUUUUUUUUUAACAGUUUUCUAACCAUAUGCUGCUUAAUUUAACUUGCCGCUGCAGGUUCACACAGAACAAUCACAGGAGCAGGCAAGUUAGGUUGGGUUGAUCAGUAUUAGUAGAAUCUGACCCAAUAUGAAUUAAAAUUUGAUGUCAGCUAUCCUUUAAAGGGUUACACAGGGAAGACGGAGCCUGACUGGCAAACAGAGCGGACGCGUUCCGAGCAAGCUCCUGAGCUUUGCAUAAUAUUUGAUUAAAUUAACCCAGUCAGAUUGCAGAUUCCUCCACAAACUAAACUUCACCACAUAGGGACCUUGGCAAACUGACUGAUACCAAACUCAGAACCUUUUUGGUCCAGAAUGACUGUCCUCUAACCAUUGCAUCAUUUGAUCCCAACAGGCGUGGGAGAGGCGACUGCUCUCCCGGUGCUGAAUCAAAGGGUUUUCUGCACCUCCCUCCCUCCCCCUCUCCCCCUUUGGAGCGGUGAGGUUUAUCGACCUCACCACUGCAGAAUGUGAAAACGCACAUGGCUCACAAGAUGGUGGCAAAAGCAGCCGGAAAUCCUGAUGCAGCCCACAGUGGCUAAGUAGCCCUCUGGCUAAGGUGGACCUCAUAUUUGCAAGAUUUUGAGCCAAUAUAGGGGUGCUUGCCUGCAGAAGUGUUUGUGGCAUUCCCAUGUGGGACUACCCUAUGUUUCCCCCAGUUUUGAUCACCCUCCCACAGGGGACCCUCUUCAAAGAGCCCAAUUGUUUUCACUCAAAACAAGUAUCGGCUGGAAGCACAGGUGGAUCCUAUAGGCCCUCUGGCACACUCCGCAGCUCUGGCCUUCGCCUUUGCCCAUUUCUCUGCGGUGGACUCCUGCAUUAAGCUUGGUGCUCCAGCACUCGUCUGACAACACAUCAUCUUUUAUUUUGUUUUUAUUUUAGUUACUCAUGCUUGACUAUCUGUAUCUCAUGUGUGCCUCUAAUGUUUUAAUGUUAUCUUUUUAUCCCGUUUUACUGUGUGGAAUUAUGCCCUGCUUGUGGUAGGGAUGGGCUGAUACCUUAAGCUUGUUAAGGGGCGCUAGGCCACUAUCAGGUAGAAUGCUGCUUAUGCAUUUGAAUUCCAAAUGCCUUUUCCUUAUAUCUACAAUUAAAUCAUAUGUUUUCCUUUUCUGGGGCACUUUGCCAUAACUCUCUAACUACCCAAGCAUCCAGGGCUCUUGACCCACACAUUAUCGAGAUACCUUUGUUGUUACCCACAAUUAGAACUGAGUUUAUCUAAUCUUGUGAAAAUUUUAAAUUUGAAAAAUUGACUGGCCACUAACUCUGCUUAUGUAUAUGUUACAGUUAAAGUGAGAAAUCAGUUAAUGUGCACAUUACUAGUUAAUCUGCAGAAUGAUAUUUUUGCACUGUAAUGAGUGCCUAGUAGGUAAUGUGCAGAUUAUCUAGGUAAUUUGCAGGUUACCUAGAUAAUGUGAGAAAUAUUUGAGAAACGAAAUCAUUUUCUGCACUUUAACUGAUCGCCCUAGUCAUUCUGCAGAUUAACUAGGUAAUGUGCACAUUAACUGAUUUCUGCACUUUAACUGUAACAUAUACACUACCUAGUUAAGUUACCACAUUUCCUAGUUGGAUGUGACAGUUUUGAUUGUUUCUACUUAUAUAAAAAUGGCAAGGUCCAUUUCUGCCAUGCCUUGAUAUCAACAUGUAUGCUCUUAUGCCAAUUGUUCAUGCUGUUGUGGCAUUACAGUUGUGUUUGUAAUCACACAUAUGCACAUAAAAAUUAAGAAUUUAUAAAGGGUUACUCAAACAACCACAAACAUUGUUGCUUUUAAAAGUGUUAAUCAGGGUAGCAAUCUGUAUCUGCAGCAUUUUAGCUUGAGAUGCUGUCUAUACAGAGAAAUCUUUCAUUAUGUGCAGGGCUGUAAGUGUAACCCUUCACACGUGACUUAAUCAGCCAGUAACUCAGUUGUGAUCUGACUAAUGUUAAUUCUGUGCUAAAAUCACACCCAUCAUCAACAUGCUCAGUACACAGGCAACAUAUGUUGAUUAGAUUAUUAUCUUAAAGGCAUCACUGUAAGCACACCUGCAAGAAGAAACCCAACCUCCCUGCAGCCCGCCAGCCCAUUAUCCACCCUUCGGCACCCUCGGUAAAGGCCUCUCUCCGUCCCCUACUUAGUGAUUGGGAGAAGGAUGGGCGUUUUGUCAGCGAGAUGAGCUGUCACUCAUUUUGUCAGUGGAUGAGCUGUCACUGUCACUCAUUUUGUCAGUGAGAUGAGCUGUCACUCAUUUUGUCAGCUCAUUUCGCUACUUGUGAACACAAUCACUGGGCGCAUGUGCAGUGUAGUGUUCAGAAGUCCAACAAAGACAACGCAGCCUGAUUUCAGAGACGAUAGGGCAACAAUCCCUGAUUACUUGACCUGGCACUAGAUAACAUGUAAGUUAUCUAGUGUAUUCAAUAGGGAAUAGGGAAAUGCCCAGAAGAGCAUAUAUACUGGAAAUUAGGGAUUAAAAAGGGUUGGAGAAAAAGGAGGGAUAGAUAGCAGCUGUUUCUAAGAUUGUUACUCACUAAUCUUGGACAUGCUAACACCUAUAUUUUCUUUUCUAGAAGUUCUAGAGAUAAUAAAAAAAAAAACAAUCAAAACAUAUAAGAGUUUUUUUAUAUAUCUCAAAAUUAUAUCUCAAAAUAAGUUAUCAAAUUACAGAUAUUUUUUCCAGUUUUGCUAGUUCAAUUUAUGUUAAUUUAUAACUUGCAAGACAUGUUACAAUGCACUUUAAUACACUGUUUAAUAAGUAGUCACUUUGGUAUACAAAUUAAUGAAGAGAAAUAAAGUAUGUCAUUAGCUAUAAUUGAUUAUAUAUGCAUGUUGUUAGUAAAUUUUCACUUAUUUCUUGUAGGCGUUAAGACGACAAGCCACCGCUAUCGCUUUAAGUGAAUUCAUGUGUGCAUAUGACAGAUGCAGGGUAUGGUCAAUCACUUUUUUUCAUUUGCUUUAGUGAAGAUAAGCUAAACAUGUGUACCUUUACUAAAAUGCUAUUUACAUUUGGAUACUUAUUUUUAUUAAACUUUCUAAUCAUAUGUUUGCUUUAGAACACGGGAAACAAAGCUGAGCUUUUCAGAGCAAUCAACAAACUAAUGGUAAGUUUGCAUUUGAUGUAAAUAAAACACUUUUUUAUUAUUUGCAAAUAGCUUUGUAUUGUGGAUUGGGAUUUAUUGGUAGCUUGUGUUUCUGUGAUUUCUAUAAUUUAGAAAGAAUACUCCUCAAGUAAUGCACUAGUCCUACGUAGUUUUUCAACCAAUUGCAAGACUUGCUACUUAUCAAAAAGUUUCAAUGGUGUACAUGCAGGGGCGUUUUAGCCGAGAGGCAAACAAGGCAUUUGCCUUGGGCGGCAUUUUUCAGGGGGCGGCAAAAAACGCCGCCCUCAAUUGCCCAAGGCAAAUGCCUAGUUAGCCUCGCGGCUAACUGACAUGCCGAGCGGGCGGGCUGCGCUGGCUGCUGUGCGGGCGGCUGGCGAGGGAGCACUUCCUCUGAGCUGACUGCUCAGCACCCUCGCACGCCGCAGAGUGAGGCUGGGAGCCGGAAGAUGACGUCAUCUUCCGGCUCCCAGCCUCACUCUGUGGCACGCGAGGGAGCUGAGCAGUCAGCUCAGAGGAAGUGCUCCUUCGCCAGCCGCCCGCCCACCCACCCAGCAGCCACUGGACCACCAGGAAGAGAGGGACCCCCCCAGCAUUCCCUAAGGUAAGGAGGUUGGGGUGGGGUAAAUAAAAAAUAAAAAAAGUGUUAAUGUGAGUGAGUGUGUGUAUAUGUCUGUGAGUGUGUCUGCUAAUGAGUGAGUGUGUGUCUGUUAGUGUGUGUCUGACUGUGUGUGUCUGUUAGUGUGUGUGUCUGCUAGUGAGUGUGUGUGUCUGUUAGUGUGUGUGUGUGUGUCUGUUAGUGUGUGUGUCUGUUAGUGUGAGUGUGUUUGCCUGUGAAUGUGUGUGUCAGUGAGUGUGUGUCUGUUAAUGUGUGUGUGUUUGUUAAUGUGUGUGUGUCUGACUGUGUGAGUCUGCUAGUGAGUGAGUGUGUGUCUGUUAGUGUGUGUGUCUGACUGUGUUUGUCUGUUAGUGUGUAUGUGUGUGUCUGACUGUGUGUCAGUGAGUGUGUAUGUGUCUGCUAGUGAGUGUGUGUUUGCCUGUGAGUGUGUGUGUGUGUCUGUUACUGUGUGUGUGUGUGUGUCUGUUAGUGUGUGUGUCUGACUGUGUGUGUGUCUGUUAGUGUGAGUGUGUUUGCCUGUGAGUGUGUGUGUCAGUGAGUGCGUGUCUGUUAAUGUGUGUGUGUUUGUUAGUGUGAGUGUGUUUGCCUGUGAGUGUGUCAGUGAGUGUGUGUCUGUUAGUGAGUGUGAGUGUGUCUGUUAGUGUGUGUGUGUUUCUGUUAGCGAGUGUAUGCGUAUCUGUCAGUGAAUGUGUGUGUGUGUGUGUAUUUAGAAGGCUUGGGGGGGCUGGUGCAGGGAGGGUGGGGGAGGGGGCGCCUGAGUUUUGUCCUGCCUAGGGCAGCACAAAACCAGGAUACACCACUGUGUACAUGCUCACAUUUGUUACUGAAUAAACUAGUUAUUUUUCUGUAAACAUUGAGUUUUAGUGGCCUCACUACUUGGAAAAGGGCAGUAAGAGCGUAAUUGGAAAAAAAUCCAAGUCAGCCAAAAUGGAGAUUUUUUUUUCUACUUCUGUUAUUAUAAUUGAAAUUUUGCAAGUUGGUAGUGAAGUUGAUAAGAGUUGCAGUUUUGUGAAUGAACAGUUUAUUGCUAUUUGUGUUUGAUGUAUUCUGUCUGGGUUAUUCACUAAAGUGAGAAUUCAAGAUGAAUUCAAAGUGAAUUUCAAAUUUAAGGUUAAAAUAGCCACACUGGAAAAACUCUGUCUGCUAUGCUUUCCAUUCAGCUACACUGGUCUGAAAUUUGAAAUUCAGUUUAUUGAAUUAGCCUUCAUGUAAAGUUACUCCUGUGCAAUCUAGAGCAGAUUCUGUUACUCAUUCACUCCCUAUUAACAAGAAUAAAUUCUUCAUUUAUCAUACUACACUUGGGUUUUUUAUAUUGUCAUAUUAAUAUUUUCUUUCAGGGUGUGACUGGUUGCAGUCUUCGGAACCUAUUGGGACCCAAUGUGACAGUUGUAAGUUCGAUUUACUUUCUUUUAUAGCACAUACUCCAAGAUGGUUAAUUUUGCUCUUGCAUUUCUUAAAACUCUGACACUGUCAUGGAGUAACACUUCUGGGUUCGGCACUCAGCUGUGAGGAGUUGGACCACGCCUCCCUCUGACACAGCUCUGACGGUAUUUAGGGAGACUGGGCCAGAGAGAGGGUGCUUGGUGAUUGUGUGUUGAAUCUCUCUUUUCUUAAAGUUACAGUAUUUUCUUAAAGUUACAGUAUUUCUCCGUAUCUUCACUAUUGUAAUUAGGGAGUUUACAAGCUGCAGUUGAGUUCUAAUCCAAAUCACCCCAAGUAGCGUAACAGACACACGGUCAACUAUAUAAAUCUUAUAAUACUAAUAUAAGGAAACCGAUUGUGUAAUGUAUUAUAACAGUCAUUAACUAUGGGAAUGUAGCACAUUCAAUUUCACCUAAAUUUUAUCUCAGGAAACUUACUACAUAAUUCAUUGUUCUGCUCUUUACUGCAAUCUGAUUACAUUGGUAUGUAGUAAAAACUGUUAUCUGUUAAAUGCUAAAUUGGUUAAGGCUCAGAUCCAUACAUAUCUUUUAAUAUACUUUUGCACAUUGAAAAAUGUUUGCAGUACACAGGCACACUUUUGCAACAUUUGGUUAACAGUUUAAGUGACAAUUAACAAGAGUAAUUAAGGGGAAACCGGAGAAGCAGUCAACAUCUAUAUUUAAAUCUAGCACUAUAGUUGUUUGUGGGGUUUUUUUUUUCAAUGCUUCUUGUUUUUUCCUCUCUAUUGGUCACUUCUGACUUGAUCUGUGAAUACAUGUAGGUUUACUAGAUGUCCCCUAACCAACAAUCAUACAUUUAAAAAAAAAAUUGGUGCAACAGAUGGACUUCCAAAUCAGAAAUUAAGCAAACACUGUUUCGUGCAUUGUUUUAGUCUGUUAUGUGAUUCAUCCAUAUAACAUUUUAGAGUUUGUGAUUUUGGACAAAAGGCCACAAUUCUGACAUUUUGCAACCGAUUUGAAACUAAUUGCACGAGCCUACCCUUACUUGCAGUAACAAUUUAAAGGGAUUUCAAAGUGAAUUUAAAAUUUUAAAUAAAGUUCAACUAUUUUGGCCAUAAAUUUGAACCUUACUUUAAAUUUCAAUUCUCACUUUAGUGAAUAACUCUGUUCAUCUUAAAAGAUCACUAUAGAGUCAGGAACACAAACAUGUAUUCCUGACCAUGUAGUGUUAAAACCACCAACUAGCCCCCAUGGGCCCCUCAUGCCUCCAUGAAUAUAGCAAAAUCUUACUGUAUUCAAGCCUGAAGCUGUAACUCUGCAUGCUGUUUGCCUCAGAAAAACAAGCAGUCUGCUGACAUCAUCAGAAGUGGUAGUCUGAUCCAAUCACAGUGCUUCCCCAUAUGAUUGGCUGAGACUGACAAAGAGGCAGAGCCAGCAUGAUUCAAAUACAGCCCUGGCCAAUCAGCAUCUCUUCAUAGAGAUGAAUUGAAUCAAUGAUUUGGAUGCAUUUUAGGCAGCAAUGACCCAGAAAGGUUAACAGCUAUCUGAGGAGUGACCAGUGAAGUUAUCACUAGGCUGUAAUGUAAACACUGCAUUUUCUCUGAAAAGACAGUGUUUUCAGCAAAAAGCCUGAAGGGAAUGAUUCUAUUCACCAGAACAAAUUCAAUAAGCUGUAGUUGUUCUGGUGACUAUGGUGUCCCUUUAAUAAUUUCUGUGAAGUAUUUCCAUACCGUCUGAGCUCACUCUUGCUCAUUAAAUUGAAUAACCUUCUGGAAAAUAUAAACUUUCAUCAUUGUAAAUUCUAUGAUAGUAUCAGUCUUCCUAUAAUACAAUUAUAGCUUUUUAACAAAUAAGUUAAAUAAGCAAGUAAUAACCCCUCCAAAAACUCACAAUGUAUUGUUCCUGGUAGAGGAAAAUAUAAAACAAAAUGUAUGCUUUAUGGGUUUUUAUUUACUUUGAUAUGUUUCAUUCUGAAUGCCUGCAAAUGGACUAACAUUUAUUUUUCUUUUAGAAACAACUUUUGAAUGAUGUGGACGGUGUCUUACAUAAUCUCUUAACCACAGCAAUAAACUUGGUGGUAAAUUUCAGUUUACUGUAUUUUAAAUGAAAUAAAGAAUAAUAACUAGCAGUAAACUAGUUAAUAUAGGCCACCAAACAGUACUUUUUUAGGGGAACAAUUCCUAUUUAAGAUUCCUGUCCAAACUUGUUUCCAAACUUUUGGGGGACACUGGGGAACUGUCUCUAGAAAGCAUAACUUGAGUCUCAUUAGUCACGCUUGAGCUAUAUUCAGGGCAGGAGGACCAUGCAGAGAGCACUGUUACAGCACUCUCUGUAAAGUCGCCCUUAGUGGGCUGGCCUUUGUGAUUGGCAAAAAGCUAGCGUGCAUGCACAUCAGGCUGAAAUGCCUCUUCAGGUGUACCUGCCCUCCCUUUCUAGGUAAAGCAAGUGACAUGAAUUGCCUCACUAGCCUGCCCCCUUUUACUCUUACCACUGGUGUUCUGCUUAAUAUUAUGCAAAGUACGGGGUUAUGUUAAAGUUAUGUUGAAAUUACUGUGAUAUGCUUUUGAUAAUUAUAAUUUGAUUAUUGAUUUAGUUGAGUGUGUAAUUUAUGUAGUGAGCAUAGCAAUUUAUUUGUGAAGUGUCACAUGUAUGAUGUGUCAAAUAUUAACAUAAAAAUAUCAAAUGCAUUUAUUCACGAAACAAGGAAUUACUGGGAACAGACCAGGGAAUUUCAAACUCUGUCAAGAUAGUCAUAUAAACCUUUUCCAAUGCAACUAUUUUUCUGCUGAGCAAUUUUAAUCUAGAAUUUGACAUUUCCUUAUCAAUUCUCCGCAAAAAUAAUUGUGUGUAAGCAGCUGUACACCACAGAUGUAAAAUAUUCACUACAUUGAGUAAAAUAUAAAAAUAAAGUGCAAGCGUUCCUAGUAACACAAUAUGUCUAUAAGGUAAUAGUUCAGCAACUAGGACCAGAAUGUAACAAUAAAGGGUAUAACCAAUCCGAAGUAAAAAUGAAAAUGAAUCUGUUGUUGUUACACUCUAUAUUGUUACACCAUAUUGCUACAUCCUGGUUCUAGUUGUUUUGACGGCAUUAGGACAUUGGAUGUUGUUCUUUAUAUCUGGGUAUAUACCUUUUUUUUUUUAUCUUGUUUUUCUUGUGGCAUUUUCAUUUUUACUUUGGAUUGGUUAUACCCAUUCUGGUCCUAGUUGCUUUCACGGCAUUAGGACCUUGGAUGUUUAGCUCUGUGUCUGUGGUUCAAGUGUUUUUAUUUAUUUUGAGCAGUGGUGCGUUUAGAUACUGUAUUGUAUUACACUUUGUAUCAUUAUAUUUCACACUUUUACUAUACCAAUAAAUAUUUUCCUGAACCUUAUGGACAUAUUGUGUUACUAGGAGCGCUUGCACUUUAUUUUUAUAUUUUACUCAAUGUAGUGAAUAAACCCUGAAAUAUUUAUUCAGGUAGAGUACAAUUAGAUGUUAAGUACUUUCCAAGACUAAUGGUACUCAUAUCAGCAAACAUCAUUAUUAGAAUGAAAAUCUAUGUUAACCUUUUUUGAAACCAGACCUAUAACUUUAAAGGGACAUGCCAAGAACCAUAACAACUACAGUGCAUUGUAGUGAUUAUGCUACCAGGAGUGCUCUGUUUCCCUUUCAUGGUAUGUAGUAAAACCAUUUGUGAAUGGUUUGACAAUGUAUGUGGAACUCCCUGAGCACUAUUCAUAUUUGCCACUGGAAAAACUUUAAACAGAGUAAACCUGGCUUUGUAGAGCUAAGCUAAUUGGCUGAGAGAGUCCAGUAAACAGUGCUUAGCUUAGUGGAGCUAAUAUAAGUUCUUUUCAGGCACUUCCAGCUCCACAGGAGAAGGUGACCAGCUCCUGGUAAACCCAAAGUAAGUUGUCAAAUUGUACACAAACUGUUUGACUACUUAUUCUGGGAGGUUGACAUGGCACAUGUGGCACAUAACCACUGCCAAGUGAUGUAGUGGUUAUGGUGUUGAGAAUCUUUCUUUAAUAUAUUGCAGCUGAAGUCCUAUUAAUUGAACAAAGAAAUUUAACUUUGGCAAUGUGUUAAUAUACAUGUUGGCUAAUAAUUAAAGGGUUCUUAAAGGAAGCUAAAAUUGAAAACAGAAAAGUGAAUUUUAGUUAAAGUCCUUUAGUUAGAGUGCACAAAGUUUAACGUGAAAGUAGGUUUUUUGAGUGAAUGUUAAUUAUGUAAAGAUAAAAAGAAUAUAGGUGAGUAAGAGAACAUGACAAUUGAAACGUAUAGGUAAAGAACUGAUCUAAAAUAAAUUUGGGGUUAGACAGAAUUAGUUUGAGAAAAAGAGUAAAUGUCAGGUAAGAUAAUUUAAUUAGAAAUUCUAACAAAACAACAAAUAAUAUAUAUUUGAUUUGUUUUCUAGGUUUCUCUUAACCUGGGUUCACUUGUAACACCCAAAUGUGGAUUAUUGGUAAGAUUUACAUAGUUGUACAAUAAUAUAGACUGAAAUAAAGAUCAGACUAGGUCAAUCACACAUCUAUUUAGCUGCUGUUGACCUGAAGGUGUAAAUUUGGAAGGUAUUUUUGAUAUUGCAACACAAUAUGAAAAAUUCCUUCUUGUCUCAAAAAUAGUGAUCAAAUUUCUCCUUAGAUUUUAAGUUAUCUCACAAUAAUCAGUUAUCUCACAAUGAGAGUUCCAUGCUGGCUAAUGUUUAUUCUAUGCAUAUUCUAUGCUCAGUCGCAGAAGUUUAUUUAUUGGCAUUGUGUUAUCUCAGGGGAACCAAAGUAAUAAGGCAAACCAUUGCAAAACAGUUUUCAUCAUUGCCAGGUAACAGCGAAAGGGUAUUCCUAGCAUCAUAACCACUAAAGCGGCAAAAAUGCCAAGCAGAUAGACACCAUGAACAACUUAGGAGUUAAACAUUUGAAAAUAAUUUAAUGCCAUGAAGUAAGACAGCCCCCAGGAUCUCCAAAUUAUUUAACAACUUCAUUGAGUUGUUAUGGUACCUAGAGUGUUCUUUAAGUCACAGGUCAAUCAUUUCUGGGAUGAGUUUUUGAUCGUAGUACUAAAUUUAAUUUAAGGGAACACUAUAGGUUCAGGAAUACAAAUGUGUAUUCCUGAGCCAAUAGUAUUGAAAAAUACAUGUUAGGUGCCCAGCCCCAAUUAGCCCCCUUAAAAAAUACAUGUUGGUGCCCUGCCCCUGUUCCUCCUCCUCCUUGGCUGAGAUCAUCCUAUAGGAAUGCAUUGGGAGGCUAAUGGUCAAGGGCUGCAAAACUCCCCUCUGUGCCAAUCGGGAUCUGUGGACACGCUAAAUGUCAGAGCUCCAUGUUGUGCAGCACUGACCCAGAAAGCACCCCUAAUGGCUGUCUGAGUAGCUGUCACUGGAAGUGUAACUAGGAAGCAAUCUAAACACUGCAUUUUCUCUGAAAUGGCAGUGUUUACAUUAAAAUGUCUUCAGGGACAUUCUAUAGAUACCAAAAGAACUACAUUAAGCUGUAGUUGUUCUGGUGACUAUAGUGUCUUUCUCUAAAAAGUCAGUGUUUAUAUUAAAAUGUCUGCAGGGACAUACUAUAGAUACCAGAGCAACUUCAUUAAGCUGUAGUUGUUCUGGUGACUAUAGUGUCCCUUUAAUAAACCUUGCACUUUCUACCUUUUCAAUACAUAUACUACUGUUAAUUGUUCUUUUUGCAAAGAAAUGCCAAACCACAUUUAACCUCAUCUCUGCUUAUCUUCCUCUUUGUCUUAGUGUUCCUUUUUACACCUGAGAGAAGUAAAUUUCAUUACUAGGGCACUAUUCUACCCCUCUGCAUCUCUACUUCUCCUACAUUUUACAUCACAUUUUGAAGAUCAAAACCCAUGGCUAGCAUCUGAAGGGGGGAGGAUUCUAAGUAUAUUCAGCAUUUAGUACACUUUAAUAUACUUUCAUAAGAUACCAAGUGAAGAAAUUAAAGUAUUCGUAGAAGAUAUUAGAUGUUUUAAUGAUCUCCAUAAAUGCAUGACAUAAUUCCAAAUGAAAAAUAUCUAGUGCAAAAGAAACACCUGCCCUAGAGCUUUAAAUACAAGUUUUUGUAUUAAGUUUUGCGCUUACAACAUACUUUUAAUAAAAUGAUAUAACUAUAUCAUGUAAUUUGUAUAUUGUUUCUAUGUAGCAUAUAUUUUAAUGUAAAAAUAAAUAAAGGCCACUAAUAAAGUACAUACUUUUAAUAAAAUAAUAUAACAAAUCAUGUAAUUAUCAUGCUGUUUAUAAUUCUUAAUUGAAAAGUAAAGAGAUAUUAGAGGACACUUCAAAGGAUAUAUAGCUUAUGCUAAACACUUUAUUAAUUAUUUUAGUUAUAUGAACUUUUUUCUACAUAUGCUAAAUAUCUAAUUGGGACAUAUAAUUUCUUUAACACCUUACUUAAAGUUUACAAUGUAGACAGAAUUGGCACAAUUAAGGCCAGAAUAAUCAAAAUAGCUAUUUUGCUACAUUUCCCCCAAUAUGUUAUCAAAUGUAUACUAUAUACAUUUUUGUAAAUUAUAUUUUUGUUUUGUAAUAGCUAAUAUGGAAUAAUAGUGUACAUGAAAUUAAGUGUUUACAUUAUAAAAUAUAGUAUACCCAUUUAUUCAUUUUUAUGUUUUACUUCUAGGGUAAUCUUGUUACGAGGAUUCCUAUAUUAUUGGUAAAGAAAAAAUUACAUCAAACAUAAAGAUAAAUUAUAUUCCGUCCUACUUUUAUUCUAUUUUUAUAGUUGGGAUUUUGUUCAGAUGUUUAAAAAUUUGUUUAGGAAAAAAAAAACAAUUCAUUUAAAUAUAAUGCAUAUCGGUCUUUGUUAAAUACAAUGUUUUCUUAAAAUCCAUGCUCAAGUGUGUGUAUGUAUGUAUGUAUGUUCAUAUUCUAAAGGUCUUCCGCUUGCUACACUGCUCUGUGUGAAGAGUGUCUAAUUUUUUUUAUAUUUUUAAAUUUACAAAAAGCAGAUUUCAAUAGAAUUUAGAAGUUGUAUAAAUUCACCUUGAGGCACCCACCUGACUGUCCAUCAGAAAACCAGUCCUGUUAUGUUUGUUGCUUAGCUCUGUGACAAACAGAGAAAAGGCAGAAGGAUUCCUGUGUAUCUAAUGGUUAAAUUGUAGAAAUUGUUUAGUAACCAAUAUCUUUUAUUGAAUACAAAUGAAAGGAUACCUACUACGGUGAAUAUACUGACUGAGCAAAUAGAUUAAAAUGUAAACUUAAAUAAUAAAAAAUUUGAGAAUAAUAUCCUGAGGGAAAAUAUCUCCACCAAAGCCAUAAAUAAACUAAAUGGACAAACACUAAAAAGACCAAUUACAUCAACACACAACAAUAAUGAAAAAUAUAAUAUAAAUAUAAGAGGUGUAGGUCUACUGAAUGGUGCAAAAUUACAGAAUCAAAAUAUCAGAUGUACCACAUUGAUGGUUCAUAGACAACUCACACUCCUCACAAAACAUCUCACAUCCCUCAUUCCUCACAUUUCUCUUAUAUUCAAUAAAAGAUAGUGGUUACUAACCGAUUUCUACAAUUUCAUCAUUAGAUACACAGGAAUCCUCCUGCCUUUUCUAAGGAAAUGUGUUAUUAUUAUAGGGGUUAACCUCCAUUCAGGAGGAUUUCUCUGUAUCGGCUCUCUAUUCUUAUAUCUAUUUUCUCCUCUUUUUCUCUUCUUUCAAGUCUGUUUAGCUCUGUGGAGCCAAACUCGAGAGGCAGCAAUUGCCUAGCAACGACUUGAAGUCACACAAAUUCUGGGCUGGGUUAGAAUGUGAGGGCUUGCAGAGGCUUCAGACAAAGGAUUUGCAAAGAUAUUUUUUAAAUGUACCCCCAUGAAAAAAUUUAAUCCUUAAAUGCAUGUAUAUUUUCAUUUGGGGUAUAUCUAUUAAGAUUUUUUUUUUAAUUUUACAUUUUUUUUUUUAUUUGGGCAGUGGAGUGUUUUUGUCUGAUUGCAGUUUGAGACUAAAAUUACAAUCAAAAUAGAUGUGGUUUAGGACUGGAAUAUUAUGUUUUUUUAAAGCAACAAAAAAUCUUAAAUUUUUUUGCCCACAUUCUACUAUACUUCUAAAACUAACUUGAAGCACUUCCCUAUGUGUUUCAAUUGUAUAUAUUGUGUUUAUUAUAAAGGUAAUAGUUUAGCUUUAUUCACAAAUGUAUAUUGUACAAUAGUAGUAAUGUACCUUUUUUUUUUUUCUUUCCUUCAGCAGUAUUCAACACAUGUUUAAAAUGUAUCCAUAAUUUGUCAUUCCAAAAAUGUAAACCUCUUUUAUUUCAACCCCAUGUAUACACAGUCCUCAUUUCCUUUUUUAUUACAAAGCAAUGUAAGAAUGCAUUUAGCCAUUUAAGCCCUAGUUUUCUUCCCCAUUACUCUGUAUUGGUCCUUAACUGGCAGAGACACAUCGGGUCUGGCACAGAGGGGCAUAAAAAGCAGAUUAUCUUUCCUUUUUGUAAAAGGGCAAUGUAGCUUAAAGAACCCUAUAGUGUUUAGAAUACAAACCUGUUUAGUGUCCCUUUCUCUAGCUAUAAAUGUGCUACUCACCUCUCCGUGCAUCAUUGAGGAGGCAUGGCUUUCUCUGGUAUGUUCCAAUCAAGUGCUCCUUUUACAGGUGCACAGGGGACCUAAUGCGCAUGUGUGGCAAGUGCCGUGCACGCAUUCAAACUUUCCCAUAGAAAAUCAGUGCUUUCUUAUGGAGCUUCCUUUUCAUGUGAACAAAUGUAAACAUUUUCCCACAGGAGGAGAACUUAAUCAAACAAAAAACAAACAAAAAAAGCAAUGUUUUUCAUUGCAGUGUUCCUGUCCUCUCACCUCUGCAUCCAGACCACUUCAUUGAGAUGAAUUGGUUUGGAUGACUACUAUAAAGUUCAUUUGACCAGCCAAUUUAUUUCAAAGGGGGUCAGUUUGUAUGAAUUAAUGUAAUCAACUUAUAAUGUAUCCUAGAACAGCAAAUUUGUUGUUUUGUUCUCAAUUGUUGUCCUAUCUAUUUAUUGCACCUGUCAUGGAUAUUUGCAUGUGUAGUAUUGUACCUGUCAGACAUAUGUAACACUUCUUUUAAUAACUUGUAGUAAAAAUAUAAAUUGUGCUAGCUUUAAGUGCUAAAUAUAUGUGACGAAAUGAGAAAGCUUUAAUUUGUGAUGGUGUUUUUUUUUGUUUGUUUUUUUAGCCUCCUGUUCUGCAAAACCAUCAGGAAUUACUAUACUCUAAUGGAAAGCUAAGUGGGGGAACUAGAAGCUUUGUAGAAAGUGAACAUGUUCUAGGUGAAAAGGCACCCAGGAACCAAGGACCUUUAGGGGGGCUUGCAUCAUUAAGUAGCCUAACAGGGAUAAAUAAUAGUGGGGGUAUCUUAGGUGGAGUUUCAGAAGCAUUGCGUGACGUAGGGAGUGUUGUAAGGAAAGCUACAGAAACAAUUAGUCAGCUGGGUGUUGGUGGUGUAGCUGCAGGAUUGACAGAUAUUCUCCCUGUAGGUAAUGACCCAAAGGGACGUUUAGGUAGUCCAGGGAGCAGUGCUGAAUUUGGUGGCAUUCCUGGAAAUAUUGCUGAUGUUUCAAACCCUCUUUUGGGUGUUACUGGUUUAGACAGCACUAACUCAUUUAGUACAAUUUUUGAAAAACAGACACCGGGGAAUAAUAAAAUAACUAGUGGUAUUUGGGGGGGUUCAAUAACUGCAGAUGGUGAGUUAAAUUUAAUUGAUAAUGCAGCAGAUAAUAGAGGACAAAGUGACAGGCUUUUAAGUAAUACUAAGGGAUCAGAAGGAUUUUCUGUAAGCACAGGCUUUGCUGAUGGUCUUGGAGGCCUUAGUAUGAACAACAUGGAAAGAAAUUACCCAGGUGCACAAUUCUUCUAAAUUUGAAAAGGUACAUUUUUCUUAUAUAUGCUACUAGUUUGUUAAUGACUGACAUUUUAAUAAGCACUCAUAAAAUAUUAUUUCUACCUUAAAAGGGUUAAUUGAUAAAUUCCCAAUUUUUGCAAAUUAACUCUGAAUGGCUAAACUGUUAAACUAUCAAAGGUGUGAUUAUAGCUGAGUUGGAAAGAUUUCCAGAUCAGCCGCUUUUGCCUCAGUUCUGGCAUUCAUAAUAAUUUUGCAGAAAUUUUGCCGUCACCAGUGAUGGCUGUAGGGAAAUUACACUCUUUCCAUGGAGAAUCCCGUGGUCUUGUGAGGUUAAGGAGCGGACAUUGGCUCCCGGAGCUGAAGAAAAGCAGACAGAGGAAGAUGGCCGCACCCAUGAGAGACAGGUGGAUUUUAAGUAAAUCUCACCUUUCCCUGCCCUCCAUGGCACCAGACCCCCAGCGGCGAUGUCACUGUCAGGCGUCUUUCUAAAUUAUGGAAAGACCCCAGAUGGUAAAACAAAUGCUUUACAUUUUUAAAUAUUAUAUCAAAUUAACAAUAUCUUAACCGUGACAAAACUAAUAUUUUAAUAAAAAAGGAUACUUAAAAAGGAUUUAACAAGGUGAAAGCCUAGUAUAAAGGUGAAGUAUCAAGGUAGUGAAGGGGUUAUCCCUAAAUGUAAAUCUUUUAAAAUAUCCUUUUUAAGUAUAGUUGAGAAAAAGGAGAGAGAGCACUACCUAAAAAAAUAUAAUCUAAAAUUUAACUUUUAAUGGUGAACACAAUACAGAGUGAUCAUUUCACACAUAGAAUCUUAGUAACUCUAGAUAUAUGCAUACCAAGACACAGAAAGAUAAUAUGAAAAAAUUUAAGAUUUAAAAACCAAAAGACAGUAUCUAAAUAUCAAAGAUGUAGUUAACAAUGUUAAAUAGACUUGGAUAUCCAACUUUGAAUAGAAACUGUCUGCUAUGAUGAUACUGUUGCAAUAUGUCUAGAGUAUUCUGUUACAGUUAAUCAGGCUUUGCAAAUAAAAAGAAAAACGUCUGCUGCUGUAAUUUGUGAAGAAUACUUUGUUAUAAAUAGGUCAUAAACGAAAAUUAAACACUCUAGUGGUAUGACAACAUAAGAAUACUGUCUAAUUUGACUGUUAGGCUGCAGUUAGGUAUUCACAAGUGUGAUGUAGAAAAUAUGCGAGAUAGCACCUUCUGGGAGUAAUCCGUUCUAUAAAACCCCAAAGUAGAUGUAGUUAGAAAGUAAAGGUAUAUCUGUGCCUGUGUAUUGUGUUCACCAUUAAAAGUAAAAUUUUAGAUUAUAUUUUUUUAGGUAGUGCUCUCUCUCCUUUUUCUCAACUAAACUUAAAAAGGAUAUUUUAAAAGAUUUAGGAUAUUUAAUAAACUAAAUUUGAAAAGCAUAUACCGCUUAAAACUUGCCAUCUAUGCUAAUGUGGAUACUAAUCAAUGCAUAUGCACAAAUGCACCACAAUAUUAUGAAAAAUAUCAGACAAAACAGCAAAAACUGAAAAAAAUACUCACUUGAAUUCAACCUUACUAUUUCGCUGUUUUUUUUCUAGUCAUUAUAACUUACUGCUUGAGAUAUAAACCUCUACGUUAAUGCUAUAUAAUGCUAUACUAGCAGCACAAAUAUCAUAUGAACAGAGAGCGUGCUACAGAAAAUCAACAAUUGGCUUACUGUAAUCAACAAAGAUAAGAAAAUGCAUGAAGGGCAUAUCCAGAUAAAUGGUAGCAGAUGACACAAUUUAAAAUGAUUAGCUGCCCAAGAGACGUAAAUAAAUGACAGGCAGAUAUGUCUUUAGCGUCAUUGAUGGAGAAAAUGAAAGAUACAGAAUAUCACAGGAAGUUAUUGCUCUGUAGCAAGUUAGUUUUUAAUUACUGAUGCUCCUAAGCUGUGAUGGAACUUUGACUUAUUUUUUAAUAUGUUUUUUGAAUUGAAAUACAUUUUCCAACUUUUCACCUUUUCACAGUUCCAAAGAAUAACUUAAUGCAAAUGGUAUAUAAAUUGAUUAUUGUUUUGAACCUAUUAACUAUUCUGGUAAUAGGAACAUUAUUUGGCAGAACUUUAAUUAGGUCCUAGAUUUUCUUUACAUGCUUACCAGCCCAAUUAUGUAUUUUAUUUAUUAAUAUAUUACUGUAUUUAUUCAUGUUAGUCAUAAUACUCAAUGUUUGAUUUAAUUAUCGUUUUUUGUGAUAUUGGUUGUUUUUACAUUUUUAUAUGUAUUUGUGUGUAUAACAGGUGUGUGUAUGUAUAUAUACAUAAACUUUCUUGCGAGAAUGUAUAUAAAAUCGAGUGAAUGCUUUUAUCCUUUCUGGUUCGAAAUUAUACAAUAUAAAGUAAAAUGUUAUGACCCCUUCUGACCUUUACCAUGCUAUCAUAAAAUAUAUAUCUAUAUAUUGUAUUUCUAUAUCUAAAAAAAGAGACUGAGAGACACGUUGUUCUCAUUUUCUCUACAAAGACUAAGGGACACACUAUGAUGGAUUUUGGUGUAGUUUAUAUUACAACUGAUGUCACAACAUUUACUAGAUUAAUAUUGUAUAAAUAUCAUGUUGUGACGUAUGCUUUAAAGACUAUAUUUUGUGAAUUUUAACAAGUUCAUGUUUUUUUCUUUCCACAGAUUACUUCAAAAUAAUAAUUUUGAAGAUUUUAAAACAGAUUGCCAUCAUUAGAAAUCAAUACAGAUUUUAGAAAUAGCUUAUGAUUUUGAUUGUAAGAAACAUGAUUAAUAAAAUGC